AUGGAUUUUUUAAGUGGCAUCCCAAAAAUUUGCAAAAAAUUGACUCAAUUUAACGAAUAUAGCUUAAAUUAUUAAAAAUCCAGAAAAAUAACAUAUUAUAUGUUCCUAUUAAUACCCUAACUUCUUCUUGCGAGUAAUCGACUUGAUUAGAAAUUUCUUUAUUAAGAUUUCCUUCUCCAACAGCUUUUAUGUUAUUUUAUAUUUUUUAGAAAACUAUUUCAUUAAUUAAUAAUUUUUUCUCAGAUAAAGUUAUGUACUCUACUAUCCAUUUAAAAUCUAAUAAUUAAGUGUUAACUUAACUUUCUUUGCUUUUUAUAUCUAAGUGUUCGCAUAAUGAAAACAUGCAAUUAACCAUUUCUGGAAUAAAUGUUUUAGUAAAUUUAUUCUAAAUAACCUCAUUUGCAAAUAUCAGAAACAAAUUAAUAGAGUUAUUUAUAUUAGAUUAAUAUAAUUAAAAUUCCUAUUUUUUCUCUUCAGAACUAUUUCCUUAGAUUUCAAUGUCUUCUCUUGUUAUAUUAAAUUAUUCUAUUUCAAACAUUUUUAAUAAUUUAUUUAACUUUUAGAAUACAAAUUUCUCUCUUUUCUAAAUAAAAUUUUUGUCACAGCUCUUUAGGAAAUACAGAUAAUGAUAUAAUAAGUAUUUAUCUUCUUCGAGGUAUUUAUCUGCGUUAAUCUAUGUUAUUACUAGGGGAUAUACCAUCUUUUUUUAUUUAUUAUUCAUAGCUUUCUGUGAUUAAAUCAAGCAGCAAGUUAGUAACAAAUUUAUAUCAAAAUCAUCUUUUUAUUUUUAUUUAACAGAUUUAAUCUUAUCAUUCUAUUUACUUUUCUCCCAUUUAUUUAUUAAGGCAUCUAUUAACUCUAUUUCGAAAUGUAUAUUAGCUUAUCCUGCUUUAUAUAAUAAUAUGGAUAAAUAAUCAGAAUUAGAGACUAAAUAUUUGA